ACAUCAUGUGAUGGCAUUCUAACAUAGUAAGCUAUUUCUGUAAUCUGAAAACAACACAUAGUAACUGCCAGUGCCCAUGUAUUGCACUGGCAGUGUUGUACAGAUGUGCUCCUCAGUGACUCCUUCUUCCUGCUGCGUUCAUAUCUUCUCUCUUGCUAAACGCUAACACAGUAAAUGUCUCGUCUCUGCACUUCCUCUUUAGUGGUCAGUUCAUAAAUAGAUUGCUUGUCAAAACAAAAGUGAAAGUGUUACACUGACAGAGAAGAGUCGAGUGUGGGAUGGCUAUGCCAGAGACAUUACAAAGACAAUAUCAAUCUAUUCAAGACAUGGACCAGGCAGCUGUGUCGUGGAAAAAGUUCUUUGUCUUCUUGGCGGGGAAAACUAAUGGGGCUCAUCUAAGCUUUGUUGCAAAGCUAAAAGGCGCUGGGCAAACUGAGGUCUCCUCUCCUGAAGUGAGCGACUAUGUUCUGGUUUUCUGUCCUAUCACUUCAACAGUUGGAACAGACAUCAGCGAGGCCCUGGACAACUUUCCAGUUGGUAAACCAGCAAUUCUGGUGGUGAUGCAUCACACCUUCAAUUCUGACCAUGUUGUAGCUGAAAGCAGAAGACUGGUGAACAACCCGAACGUCCACCUCACUGUGGACUGUCUGUUCUAUGAGGGCAGACUCUUGGAGUGUAACCGCAAUGAUAUUGCAUUGCUUGACAUCAAGAAGUUUCUUGGAGUUUCUGCUUCCCAGGUCUCUAUCUGGCAAACCAUCAAGAAUAAGAUUGGUUGAGGAGCCAUCAGCUUAAGCAGGUUUAAGUGUUACCAAUGUUACUUCACAACCCCAGUAAUUGUGCUUUUCAGAUACAAGUUUUGUGGCAUGUACUUGUUAAAUGUGUGUGUGUAGAGUCGUGUGUGCUGGAAUCUUAGGAAGUUUUAAAUGAAGACAAAACACCUCUGUAAAACAAUGAUUGCUGCUGCUUUGUGCUCAUUUAAAUGUCAAAAAUGUAUAUUCCUUCAUGAAUAAUUAAUAAAAAUGAAUGAAUCAAAGUUAUUAUAUCAUAUUUGUUGCAUCGCUGAUAAACAAAUAUGAUGGAUUCCUAUGGAAAAUGAGGAUCUCAGAAAAAAUAAAGAUCAAAGUUUCAGUUCCCA